GUAUCCCUCCGCGGGGCGAGAGGGUCGGUGGGGGGAGUCGGCGUCUCUCUCCCCCGCGCCAGCUCCCGUACACGGAGCCGCAUUCCUUGGCCCCCCCCCCCCCCCCCCCCCGGGCCCCCCCCCCCCGCCCCCCUCGGGAAAAAAAUCCACCCCAAAUCACUCGAACCCGAGGGAGGCUUCCUUUCACCCUUGGGGAGACGAGCUUUCAACGGUUACCUCUUCUUCGUCUCCCCCCAAGCCCCUGUCCCCUCCCUGCUCCCACCCCCUUCUGGCGCCGGGUGUAAGGUCCCUUUAAGGCGACGGCGCCUUUCUCGGGUCAGACUACCGGCGGCGACGACCACGGGAGCAUGGCAGACACCGACCUGUUCAUGGAAUGUGAGGAGGAGGAGUUGGAGCCGUGGCAGAAAAUCAGUGAUGUCAUUGAGGACUCUGUAGUUGAAGAUUAUAAUUCAGUGGAUAAAACUACCACAGUUUCUGUGAGCCAGCAGCCAGUCUCGGCUCCAGUGCCCAUCGCUGCCCAUGCUUCUGUUGCUGGGCACCUCUCUACAUCCACCACCGUUAGUAGCAGCGGGGCACAGAACAGCGACAGUACAAAGAAGACUCUUGUCACACUAAUUGCCAACAACAAUGCUGGCAAUCCUUUGGUCCAGCAAGGUGGACAGCCACUCAUCCUGACCCAGAAUCCAGCCCCAGGUCUGGGCACAAUGGUUACUCAACCAGUAUUGAGGCCUGUUCAGGUCAUGCAGAAUGCCAAUCAUGUGACUAGUUCCCCUGUGGCCUCACAACCAAUAUUUAUCACUACGCAGGGAUUUCCUGUAAGGAAUGUCCGGCCUGUACAAAAUGCAAUGAAUCAGGUUGGGAUUGUGCUGAACGUACAGCAAGGCCAAACAGUUAGACCAAUUACACUAGUUCCAGCCCCAGGUACCCAGUUUGUUAAGCCGACAGUUGGAGUUCCACAAGUGUUCUCCCAGAUGACCCCUGUGAGGCCAGGCUCCACAAUGCCUGUGAGGCCCACCACCAACACCUUCACCACCGUCAUCCCGGCCACUCUUACCAUUCGAAGCACCGUCCCACAGUCCCAGUCCCAGCAGACCAAGUCCACUCCCAGCACUUCCACCACUCCCACUGCCACACAGCCAACCUCACUGGGGCAACUAGCUGUUCAGUCUCCUGGCCAGUCAAACCAGACCACAAAUCCCAAGCUAGCUCCCUCCUUCCCCUCUCCACCUGCAGUGAGCAUUGCCAGCUUUGUCACUGUGAAGCGACCUGGCGUUACAGGUGAAAAUAGCAAUGAAGUGGCCAAAUUGGUGAAUACCCUUAACACAAUCCCUUCCCUGGGCCAGAGUGCUGGGCCAGUGGUGGUGUCCAACAACAGCUCUGCUCAUGGCUCUCAAAGAACCAGCGGACCUGAGUCAUCAAUGAAAGUGACCUCUUCCAUCCCAGUAUUUGACCUCCAGGAUGGUGGACGGAAAAUAUGUCCACGGUGUAAUGCUCAAUUUCGUGUUACUGAAGCUUUGAGAGGUCACAUGUGUUACUGUUGCCCAGAAAUGGUUGAAUACCAGAAGAAAGGAAAGUCCCUGGAUUCAGAACCCAGUGUCCCAUCAGCAGCAAAGCCCCCAUCCCCUGAGAAAACAGCUCCUGUUGCUUCCACACCCUCUUCUACACCUAUUCCUGCUCUGUCACCACCUACCAAAGUACCAGAGCCAAAUGAGAACGUGGGUGAUGCCGUCCAGACCAAACUCAUUAUGCUUGUAGAUGACUUCUACUAUGGACGGGAUGGUGGCAAAGUAGCCCAGCUCACAAAUUUCCCUAAGGUCGCCACAUCUUUCCGAUGCCCACAUUGUACCAAAAGGCUAAAAAACAAUAUUCGAUUCAUGAACCAUAUGAAACACCACGUAGAACUCGAUCAGCAGAACGGUGAGGUAGAUGGUCACACUAUCUGCCAGCACUGUUACCGCCAGUUUUCCACUCCCUUCCAGCUUCAGUGCCACUUGGAAAAUGUUCAUAGUCCCUAUGAAUCUACUACCAAGUGCAAGAUCUGUGAGUGGGCGUUUGAAAGUGAGCCACUAUUUCUCCAGCAUAUGAAGGAUACUCAUAAGCCUGGAGAGAUGCCUUAUGUUUGCCAGGUGUGUCAAUAUCGCUCCUCACUCUACUCUGAGGUAGACGUGCAUUUUCGGAUGAUCCAUGAGGAUACCCGGCAUCUGCUCUGCCCUUAUUGCCUGAAGGUCUUCAAAAAUGGCAAUGCAUUCCAACAGCAUUACAUGAGGCACCAGAAGAGAAAUGUUUAUCACUGCAACAAAUGCCGGCUGCAGUUUCUCUUUGCCAAGGACAAAAUUGAACACAAGCUUCAACACCAUAAAACCUUCCGUAAACCCAAGCAGCUGGAGGGCUUGAAACCAGGCACCAAGGUGACAAUCCGGGCUUCCCGAGGGCAGCCACGAACUGUUCCUGUAUCCUCUAAUGAUACACCUCCCAGCGCCUUGCAGGAGGCAGCACCGCUGACCUCCUCAAUGGACCCUCUGCCUGUCUUCCUUUAUCCCCCUGUCCAGCGCAGCAUCCAGAAGAGAGCUGUUAGGAAAAUGAGUGUCAUGGGCCGGCAGACAUGCCUGGAGUGCAGCUUCGAGAUCCCAGACUUCCCUAAUCAUUUCCCUACUUACGUACACUGCUCUCUGUGUCGCUAUAGCACCUGCUGCUCUCGAGCUUAUGCCAACCACAUGAUCAACAAUCAUGUUCCACGGAAGAGCCCCAAGUAUUUGGCUUUGUUUAAAAAUUCUGUGAGUGGAAUCAAGCUGGCCUGCACUUCGUGUACCUUUGUUACCUCUGUGGGUGAUGCUAUGGCCAAGCAUUUGGUAUUCAACCCCUCUCACAGAUCCAGCAGCAUCCUGCCACGGGGACUCACUUGGAUAGCUCACUCAAGGCAUGGCCAGACUCGUGACCGAGUGCAUGACCGGAACGUGAAGAAUAUGUACCCUCCUCCUUCCUUCCCCACUAACAAAGCUGCCACUGUGAAAUCUGCGGGGGCCACCCCAGCUGAGCCUGAAGAGCUACCAACUCCCUUAGCCCCAGCACUCCCAUCACCAGCCUCAACUGCAACCCCACCACCAACCCCCACUCACCCACAGCCUUUAGCCCUUCCACCAUUGGCUACAGAGGGAGCUGAAUGUCUGAAUGUUGAUGAUCAGGAUGAAGGGAGCCCAGUCACCCAGGAACCUGAGCCAGCAUCAGGUGGUGGUGGUAGUGGGGUUGGCAAAAAGGAGCAGCUGUCUGUGAAGAAGCUUCGAGUAGUACUGUUUGCUCUAUGCUGCAAUACAGAACAGGCAGCUGAACACUUCCGAAAUCCCCAGCGACGUAUUCGGCGUUGGCUUCGACGUUUCCAGGCCUCCCAGGGGGAGAAUCUAGAGGGCAAAUAUCUAAGCUUUGAGGCAGAAGAGAAACUGGCUGAGUGGGUGCUAACCCAGCGUGAACAACAGCUACCUGUAAAUGAGGAGACCUUGUUCCAGAAGGCCACCAAAAUAGGACGUUCUUUGGAAGGGGGGUUUAAGAUCUCCUAUGAGUGGGCUGUGCGUUUCAUGCUGCGGCACCACCUGACUCCCCACGCCCGGCGAGCUGUGGCCCACACCCUACCUAAGGAUGUGGCAGAGAAUGCAGGACUCUUCAUUGAAUUUGUACAACGGCAGAUUCACAACCAGGACUUACCCUUGUCUAUGAUUGUGGCUAUUGACGAGAUAUCCUUGUUCCUGGAUACAGAGGUGCUGAGCAGUGAUGACCGAAAGGAGAAUGCCCUGCAGACAGUGGGCACAGGGGAACCUUGGUGUGAUGUAGUCCUGGCCAUUCUGGCAGAUGGCACUGUCCUUCCCACCCUGGUUUUCUACAGAGGGCAGAUGGAUCAGCCUGCUAACAUGCCAGAUUCCAUAUUGCUAGAGGCAAAGGAGAGUGGCUACAGUGAUGAUGAGAUAAUGGAGCUGUGGUCAACUCGAGUGUGGCAGAAGCACACAGCUUGCCAGCGCAGCAAAGGCAUGCUUGUGAUGGACUGUCAUCGCACUCACUUGUCAGAGGAGGUACUGGCUAUGCUUAGUGCCUCUAGCACUUUGCCUGCAGUGGUCCCAGCAGGGUGUAGCUCCAAAAUUCAGCCAUUAGAUGUAUGCAUCAAAAGAACUGUCAAGAACUUCCUGCAUAAAAAGUGGAAGGAACAGGCUCGGGAAAUGGCAGAUACUGCAUGUGAUUCUGAUGUCCUGCUUCAGCUGGUGCUUGUCUGGCUGGGUGAAGUGCUAGGUGUCAUUGGGGACUGUCCAGAGCUAGUUCAGCGCUCCUUCCUGGUGGCUAGUGUUCUGCCUGGCCCUGAUGGCAACAUUAACUCACCUACAAGAAAUGCUGACAUGCAGGAGGAGCUAAUUGCCUCCCUAGAGGAGCAACUGAAGUUGAGUGGGGAACAUUCUGAGUCUUCCACUCCACGACCCAGAUCAUCUCCUGAAGAGACAAUUGAGCCUGAAAGCCUUCACCAGCUCUUUGAGGGUGAAAGUGAAACCGAGUCUUUCUAUGGCUUUGAAGAAGCUGACCUAGAUCUGAUGGAGAUUUGAGUGUUGGGGUCAUGAGGGGGUGUGGAGUGGGGGUGGGAACAUGUGAGGGAGGGUAAAGGGGCUUAGGGAAAAGGGGGCAUACCAGGUGGGGUAUUUGGUUUAUAUUUUUUAAUUUUACACCACCACUCCCCCCUGAAGUUGACUUACACUUCCCUGUGGAUUUGUGGAUUAAUUAGGAAAACCAAUAGUAAUCACGUCUGAGCCAAGGAGCUGGCCCAUUGGUCAUUCACUUCUGCUAAAAACAAGUUUUUGUGACUUUUUUUUUUUUUUUUUUUAAAUUUAAAUCACUGUGUUUGGUAUUUUUCUGACAAAAUUAAGAAAAAGAAAAAAAAAUUUGUGGGCAAAUGUUAAAUUUUUUUGUUUCCCCUUUUACCUCGAUUGUAUCAUAGUACUUCUGGGUUUUUUUGUUUCAUUGUGUGGCCAAUGUCUUUGGGCAUGAUGCUAUCUAAUCAUUGUCAAUGUGAGAACAUUUCUGAAGAUGGGAAAGACAAAUUAUGUAGCUCACAAACUGGUUUAUUAUAUAUAUGGAUAAAAAACUUUUUUCAUUGUGGUCUUAACACUUUUAUAUAAAAAUGAAAAUGGAAAAGUCCCACUGAACUCUCUCUUCCUUCUCCUUUUCUUGCCUUUCCUCUCCAGAGAUGUUGGUUUCUACAGCAACCCUAGAUAUAAAAUUGUGGCUUUAAAAAUGCAUGAAACCACCUUUAAUUAUCCAGAAUGAAUAGAUUUGUCUUUUCCUCACCACUUUCCCUCCAAAACAUGACAUAAACAAUAUUUUUUGCACUUGUGAUCCUUGGCCCCUUUCCCCGUUCUCACACCAUCCAUCACUGUGGACAAAGGAUCAUAUAGGUGUUACUAGCAAGCAAGAGGUACUGAGGUGAUCAAACAGUUUUAGGGUGGAAGCCAUUCCCAGUUUGAGUCUUCAUCCUGUAAGCCCCCGGGGCAGUCCCUACUUUUGAACUUCAUCCUGUUAAAUGGCGAACAUGCCUGUUUAAGGGAUUGCCGGUCCUAUAGUCAGGAGCUAAUUGUUCAAGAAGUGUUGAACUUCAAAAAGACAAGACAGACCACUUGUUGAAAUCCAGCAUACUCUGUGGCUUUCCCCUAUUUCUCUUAAUACUUAGGGAAGAAUCUGAUAGGAAGAAGCGCACAGGGGUGUGCACAAAGAAAAUGACAUGAAUCUUUAUUUUUCACUGCCAGCUUCAAGGAAAAAAUUUUUUCUACAAUUUGCAUGAGGGAUUUUUUAAAUUGUAUGUACUCAUGAUUUUAAACCAAAACGUACUGUACCGUACAGAGAAAAGGAGCAAAAAACCAAGUCUUCUGUUUAUCCUGAGACUUUUCAACAAUGUUCCCCUCCUGUGAGCCAAGGAGGCAACCUGCACAAGCUUGUAAAUGGUUCGUCUUUAAAAUGUACAUAAGUGGAACAUUUAAUAAAAUGAGGGGAAAUGGAUUUAUAAACUUGUUUUUUUUCUAGGUGACCCUGUUUAAUAGGCUUUCACAGACUGGGAAAUGCUCAAGAUGUGAUGGGCCUGGUGGUACAGGUGUGACAUUUGUUACCACCCAUUUCUCCCACCCCACCCUGCUUUUUUGUUUGUUUUUUCAUCCCCCAGCACACUAUAAUAUAGUGAACUGGAAAAGUCCCUUCCAGAAACAGCUUGGCCAGCUUUGUGAACCCUUGACAUCUGAAAACAACUAAGGAUCCAUCUGGGCUUCUCUUCCCCAGCUUUUUGCCUGAUGCCAUUUUAUUGACUAUGGACUUUGAAGUCAGCCUUUGCCUUUGAGAAAGUUCAAGAACUGAUUGGUCACUUCUAUCUACAACAACCUAAUCCUACUCUGGUAGUUUCUGCAGCAGCCACAGCCUUAGCAGAGCUGGGGUUCCUGUCCUCUGCACACGAUUGACUUUCUUGAUGGGUAAUUUUUUUUUUAAGAUCAUAAUACCAACAGUGGAUCAGCUGGGUUUUGGCCAGGAAGUUGUCUUUGUGGACUCUGCCUGCAUGGCUUAGUAGUAGAAGGAAAAUUUUUUUUGGUUUUGUUUUUUAUAAUUCAGUUUAAUCAAUAAACAUGUAUUUAUUGACUAUU